AUGGCAACAAAAGAAAACCAAAAUAAUAUUACAAUACCUCAUGCCGAUAUUUUAUUAAUGAUCGUGGGCACGAGAGGUGAUGUCCAGCCGUUCAUUGCUCUCGGUCAAGUAUUAUUAAAAGCGGGUCAUCGUGUUCGUAUAGCAACACAUGAAACAUUUCGUAAAUUUGUUCGUGGAAAUGGUUUAGAAUUUUAUCCAUUAGCUGGUGAUCCAGCUGUUUUAAUGUCUUUUAUGGUGAAAAAUUCAGGUGUUGUUCCUUCUGUUAGUAGUAUUGUGGAAGGUGAUCUAUCAAAAAAUCGUAAAAUUCUCGGUGAAAUUUUAGCAUCAACAUGGCGUGCUUGUAUAGCUGAUGAUGAUGAAACUGGAAAACCUUUUACAGCUGAAGCUAUUAUUGCUAAUCCACCAUCAUUUGGUCAUAUACAUUGUGCACAUAAAUUACUAAUACCAUUACAUAUUAUGUUUACAAUGCCUUGGUCACCUACAACAGCAUUUCCACAUCCACUAGUUAAUGUUGAUUAUUCUCGUGCAGCUGUAGAAAAAGUUAAUAUGUUAUCUUAUAGUGCUAUCGAAAUGUUUACAUGGUCGGGUAUGCGUGAUAUUGUAAAUGAUUUUCGUAAUAAUGUAUUAGGUUUACCAUCAUUACAUACACGUCAAGCAACAUAUAUGAUGAUUGAAGAAAAAGUGCCUUAUACUUAUUGUUGGUCACCAUCAAUUGUUCCUAAACCAGAAGAUUGGGCAGAUCAUAUUAAUGUUUCAGGAUUUUUCUUUCUGGAACAUGAUGCUACUGCAGAUGAUAAACAAAAUGAUGAUUUAAUUAAAUUUCUUGGAAUUAAUAAUAAAAAACAAGAUAAAUCAGUAACCGCACCAAUUUAUAUUGGUUUUGGUUCAAUUACAGGACAUGAUUCAGAACGUAUACUUAAAGCUAUAAUUGAAGCACUUGAAAAAACUGGUGAUCGUGCUGUAUUACUUGGUCUUGCUAAAGAUGACGAUAAAUUACCUGACAAUAUUUUCAAAGUUGAUGCUAUUUCACAUGAUUGGCUUUUUCCACAUGUAUCAGCUGUAUGUCAUCAUGGUGGUGCCGGCACAACUGCUGCUGGUAUUCGUGCUGGUAAACCAACAAUUAUUGUACCAUUUUUUGGAGAUCAAUUUUUUUGGGGUAAAAUUAUUGAAAAACAUGGUUGUGGUCCACAUGCAGUACCUGGAAAAGAUAUUACUGUUGAUGAUUUUAUUGAAGCAUUUAAAUUUGUUCAUAAACCAGAAACAAAAGUUGCUGCUGAACGUUUACGUGAUGCUAUGUUAAAAGAACAUGGCUGUGAUGACGCAGUAAGUGCUUUUCAUUCACAUUUACCUAUAGAACGUAUGCGAAGUGAUCUUGAAUCAACUUAUGCAGCAUGUUAUCGAUUAAAACAUUUUCAUUUACAACUAUCACGACGUGUUGCUCAAGUACUUAUUAUAGCAGGUCGUAUUGAUAAAUCACAAUUACGUCUUUUACCAACUCGUGAUUGGCCUUCUAUAUAUGAUAAUCGUGUUCAUGUACCAUUCCAUGGCAUUCUAAAACAUUCUCAUCAAGCUAUUGUAGCAAUAUAUUCUGAUACAUCAAAUGGUUUUAAACAAGCUUUUCAUUCUGAUACUUGGUCGAAAAAAACUUAUAGUGCUGUGGAAGGUCUUCUUCUUGGUUUAGGCAAAGGUCUUGGUCAUCUAUGUAUUGGUUGUACAUCUUUAUACGGUGAAAUAACAGAUGCAUUAGAAGUUGCUCCAUCAUAUUAUGAUCCUUAUAAUGAAACUUCUACUGGAGAACGACCGGUUGUGACUAAUUUUGAAACAGGUGUUCACGCAGCAAUUCUUUCUCUUUAUCAUGGAUGGAAAGAAGGUAUUAUAGAUAUUGUACAUACACCAACUAUUGGUUAUGAACGUCAAGGAAGAUUAGGUGGUGUAGCUGGAGCAUUAAUAGGUCUUGCUAAUGGAAUAGUAAAACCUGUAGCUGGAACUUUUUCAUCAUUAACUUGGUUUUGUCGAGGUAUCUACGCACAUAUUAAGAAUAAUGCUUUGACUGACAAAGGUCUUGAAUCAUCUCCUGUUCAUACACUUGGUCUCGAUUCAACGAAUAUUAAUAAAGAACGAAAUCAACAUUCUAAAAAUAUUAAUCAAACUGCAUCUGAUAUAACUGGUUUUUCACCUGAAGUAUGUCAACGAAUUAUAUCUGAAUUUGAUGAUAUUCAAAAACAAAAUAAACAUUAUCGUUCACAUGAACAUAAGUCUCGAUAA